AUGGUUGAAACUCCACAAGAUGCUCCCGAUUUCGAAAACCCUAGACUUGAUGUUGAGGGAUUUGUGGUCGAUUAUCUCGCAUGGCGAAUCAAACAAGAUGGAUUGGAAUGGUUUGAGCAACCAGCGUUGCCGUUUGGCACGCAGCCUGAACAUGUGAUGAUGAGGCAAGUUGCUCAUAUUUUCGAACGACGACAUCGUAAUGAGUUGAAUGAAUUUGCAGAUGAACUGCUGGAAAAUGAAGAUUUGACGUUCAGCCGUUAUUGUGAAAUUGUUGACGAAUUCGGCCGGACCGCGGAUGAAUUGGAAAAUGGAAUGUCGUACGGGCGAUUAGUUGGCUUGAUAUCUUUUGGUGGAUUGGUGGCGGCGAGGAUGUAUGCACGUAAUUUCCGACGUGAAGUACGACAGUUAGCAACGUACACUGCCAAGUUCAUUGAUAAACGAAUACGAUUGACAUGGGUUGAAGACGCGAGAAGUUGGAAGAAUUUCAUGACGAUAGGAGCUGAUAUUAUACGUCGAGACGCAUUACAACGUGAAGUGGAGGAACGUCGAAGAGCAAGUCGUCGAUGGAGCUUAAUAGGAAUAGGUGCUGCCGCCCUGGUCGGGGUAGGAGCAAUCAUUGGCACUCGUAUAUUAUUAGGAGCAAAGUAG